GGACAAGGACCGGGACAAGGACCAGCUGAAGACUGCCUGAAAUCGGUUCCUGCUGUGAAGAUGGCCUGCGAGAAAAGACUGUCUGCGAGGCGCAAGCACACUCUGAAGGGAUGCAUGCUGCUGGUGGCCACCAACAUGCUGGAUGCGGAGGCCGGGGUGAAGGUCGGGGAGAGGGAGAAGUUCCUGACAGAUAAAUGUCCUCCGCUGGAGCUGCCGUACUCCAAAGAGGAGCUCACGGAGCUUUGCCAGAAACUCCACGAGCAGAUCGACAUCAGCGAGGAGGAGCGAUACGGCAUCGAGUUCAAGCUCAACCUGGUCCUGAAUGAGGUCCGAGACCUGAACAUCAAGAUCGUGGACAUGAGGGGGAAGUUCAAGAGACCCCGUCUGAAGAAGGUCCGCAUGUCGGCCGACGCCAUGCUGAAGGCUCUGCUGGGCUCCAAGCACACGGUCAACAUGGACCUGAGGGCCAACCUGAAGCAGGUCAAGAAGGAGGUCAAGGAGGAGGACAAGCAGCUGCGCGAUGUGGGCGACUGGCGUAAGAACAUCGAAGACAAGUCUGACAGGAAGAAGAUGUUCGACAGUUAGAUGAGACCCGUCUCGGACAGUCAAACCAACGCUGUUCAGGUCUAACGUCUUUGUAAGAGUUUGAUUCCAAGACGCUGCAUAUCCACCGUCAACCUACCGUCUGCUUCUCAUUGAACAGAUGAGACGUGAUAAAGAGUGUGAAUAUCUCCAAUAGUUAAGAACUGAAGGUUCACAUCUUCAGAAAGAUGAAAGCGUGACGUAAGUGAAGAACGAUAAUAAAAAGUCAAUUGUGUUUCAUCCAAAGCUCGAGUUGAGUGAAUAAAUGAGGGAGAAGCAGCAGGUUUCAGGUAGUUUUUGGAUAUCUUUCGUUGGAACAAAACUCUUUGAAUCCCAGCUGCCUUC